AUGCUACGUUCUCUUCUCAUCGGUAAUAGCAAGAACACGACCACAGUGUUCAAGAUCUCACCCAAAAGGUUUUCUUCACAGCUGACUGCAGACAAGUAUGCUGUGAAACGUGGGGACUUUGCAAAGUUGAGCGACGAAGACUUGUCGCACUUCCACUCGAUCUUGAAUCCAAACCAGAUGAUCACAGACACAAACGACCUGAUUGCGUUCAACCAGGACUGGAUGAAAAAAUACACCGGGCAGUCGCAGCUGGUGUUGAAGCCGAAGACCACGGAGCAGGUGUCAAAAAUCUUGGCCUACUGUAACGAGAGAAAGCUUGCGGUGGUUCCACAGGGCGGUAACACAGGCUUGGUUGGUGGCUCUGUUCCUGUUUUCGAUGAAAUCGUUAUUUCCACGGCCAGCAUGAACAAGAUCAGAUCGUUCGAUGAGUCUUCCGGUAUAUUCAAAGUGGAUGCUGGUGUGAUUUUGGAAGCCGCAGACACUUUCCUUGCCGAGAAGGGCCACAUCUUUCCAUUGGACUUGGGUGCCAAAGGAUCAUGUUUUGUUGGUGGUAAUGUUGCGACCAACGCCGGUGGCUUGCGUCUUUUGAGAUACGGUUCUUUGCACGGUUCUGUGCUUGGACUGGAAGUUGUGCUGGCGGACGGUACCGUCAUGGACUCGAUGCAUUCUUUGAGAAAGGAUAACACUGGCUACGACUUGAAGCAACUGUUCAUUGGUAGCGAGGGUAGUUUGGGAAUCAUCACCGGUGUUUCGAUUUUGUGUCCAGCAAGACCAAAAUCUGUCAAUAUUGCCUUCCUUGGAUUGGAGAGCUAUGAAAUGGUCCAGAAAUGUUUCCAGACCGCACGUAGCGACUUGUGUGAGAUCUUAAGUGCGUUUGAGUUCAUGGACCACGACUCCCAACUACUUGCUGCCAAGAGCUUGAAGACGACACAUCCAUUGUGUCAAGAAGAUGAGACGGGAGUUGAUUCUGUUCCUGAAUAUCCAUUCUACGUAUUGCUCGAGACAAGUGGUUCGACAAAGGAACACGACGAUGAAAAAUUGGAAAACUUCCUUGAAAAGGUGAUGGGCGAUGAAACCGUUGUUGAUGGUACCGUCUCACAAGACGAGACUCAAUUGCGUACUCUUUGGACUUGGAGAGAAGGUAUUGCCGAGGCUUCCCAGCAAUUUGGAGGUGUCUACAAGUACGACGUUUCCCUACCAUUGGACAGCAUGUAUUCCUUGGUUGAGGCUGUUCAAGAGCGUUUGAAGAAGUUGAACUUGUCCUCCACCGAGGACGAAUCGAAGCCUGUUUACGAGGCGGUUGGAUACGGUCACAUUGGUGAUGGUAACUUGCACUUGAAUGUUGCUGUUAGAGAAUACAACAAGGAGGUUGAGAAGGCUUUGGAGCCGUUUGUCUAUGAGUUUGUUUCGAAACACCAUGGGUCGAUCAGCGCCGAGCACGGGUUGGGAUUCCAAAAGAAGAACUACAUUGGAUACUCCAAGAGUGAGGUUGAGAUCCGCAUGAUCAAGGAUAUCAAGCACCACUAUGAUCCAAAGGGUAUCUUGAACCCAUACAAAUAUAUUUAG